GUUACCUCCUUUUCAUCCAAAAUAUUGCAACACGUCCAGUCUAUGAGAGUGUGACCUUGAUGAGACUGAAAUAUUCAUGAGUCGGUUUUAACAGAUAAAGCCCAGUGGGAGAAAUCACAUCGAAUAAUAUUAGCCAUAUGGUGUUUUGAUUUUCUCCAUGGAGACUAUCAGUGUUUUGAUUAUCUCCUUGGAGACUCAGUGUUUUGAUUAUCUCCAUGAAGACUAUCAUUGUAUCGAUCAUCUCCAUGGAGACUAUCAGUACAGUGAUAGUCGUGAGCAGCACUCGGCGACUGCCACUCCCAGGCAGAGUCUUGCCGCCCUAAAGAAGAGUGUCCGCCCACCACGCCCGUGACCACCUCACGGAACACUGCCACGGCGAGGAGAGUGUGUCAGACCAUCACAGUCCCUCAACACCACCACCACCACCACCACCACCAGCGUCAUGGAGGCUGCAGGGAGGGGCGGUAGGAAGGCACGGCGGAGACGGGCUAAGAAGAACAUGAACACUGGCGGCAGCCCUGCGGAGUGUCCUGUGUGCAUGACAGGCUAUGAUGACACAGUGCAGCGGCCGCGCACCCUGCCCUGUGGCCACACUGUCUGCACGCUGUGCAUAGAUCAGCUGAAGGUGCAGGGCCGUGUUGCCUGCCCAGAGUGCCGCGUUAGCCACGCCGUGCCCAAGGGAGGGCAGUUCCCUGUCAGUUAUGCUGUUGAGGCCUUCAUAAGGAUGAUGAGAGACGCUGAGGUGGCUCCAGCAGCAGCAGCCUCGCCGCCACCCAGUGCCGGGGAAGGGAAAGGAGCAGCAGCGGCAGCUGACAAGAAGGAGGCGGCGGGUCUCUCCAAGAAAAUGCGUUCCUUCCUGCAGGAACAGGAGACCACAGUUGUGGCCGCCAUCACCGCCUGCCGGGAGGCUCAGUCGCACCUGGACCAGUACCAGACAACCCUGGCAGGCUGGGGCAAGCGGCAGCAGCAGCUGGAGGACAGGCUCCUGGGACUGGUGGACCAGAGCAGGAGUGCCAGGGAGCUCCUGCGGCAGGAAGAGUCCCGUGCGGCGGUCAAGGAGGAGGAGCUGAAGAAGUGGGAGCAGAGGAUGCAGGCUUUGUUGGAGACGUUGCGCACCCUUACAACAGAGCAAGAAGCAGGCGGGGCGGUGACUGAAGUGUUUCGUUGCACUGGCGAGGCAGAGCAGGCGGUGGAGGAAUGUCGAGAAGGUUUUCCUGAUGCUAGCACCGUCACCACCGCCAGGAAGGUAAACGCGGCAUCUAGUGCAGCCCUGGAGGCUGUCCAGGCAGCUCUGGAAACACUUGCUACAGAGGAGCCAUGGCCCCAGUCAGACCCAGACUCCACCGUCAUGGACAGACUGCACCUCAUCUGGACAGGGAGCUUGACGGCCGAGGACCUCCGCAGCCUGACACAGCCCGCCAGGCGCCUGCUGGAGGCUGGCCGGGUGUUUGCUGUCCACCAGGCGGAAGGUCAGCUCCGACACGCAAAAAUAAGCCUUGAAGCCGGCCAGCUGUGCCUCCACGCCCUGAAGGACCUUCCCCUGCCACUGGGCGCGGCAACCCUGCAGGUGAGCGAGGUUGUGCCGCCCUCCCCCCCUUGCACGGUGUUCCUGGACCUGUCCUGGCCGGGCAGCUCGCCGCGGCGGGUCCGGAUCCGAUUGAGCCCCGACACCCCGCGGGGCAGACAGUUUUUAUUGUUGUGCACGGGGCAGCGCGGCCCCUCCUACGUUAACACCAGGUUGUACGGGGUGGGGCAGAAGGGGAAGGCGGGAGAGUAUGUGAUGGGCGGGGAUUACGAGAGUAACGAUGGUAGUGGAUCAUCAGUCCUGCUGCCUGGCCUUGAUGAGGGUGACUACCGGAAGUCAGGACGGGCAGGGGAUGUGUUUGGGCUGGGUUGGAGUGGCCGUACCCUGGGUGAGUGUGGUCAGUUUGGCAUCUACACCAGAGACCGUCAGGAUGGUGGUGAGUCUCUUGUCUUCGGUGACGUGAUGGACGGACUGCACGUGGUGGCCGAAGCAGCCCAAUACAGGGACAUUAAGGAGGUGACUGUGGCGGAUUGUGGCGUGGAGUUGUGGGGGUAAUGGCCACCACCACAACCACAGCGACAAUAUGGACUUGAUUAUCGUGAAUGUUUUAAUCUUAUCCUUUAAUUUUUGUGUCGUUCGUUAUUUUAUAUAUCUAUCAUUACAUAAACGCUUGAUAUGUCUUCAUUCUUCGGUGCAUUCAUGUAACAUUAGGGUGAUAUUUUUUGCAUUAUAUUAACGCUUAAUAUUAUGUCUUGAUUUCUCUCUGCAUUCCUGUGCCCUGCUGUGCUGUGUAGGAAGUCUCUCUCUCUCUCUCUCUCUCUCUCUCUCUCUCUCUCUCUCUCUCUCUCUCUCUCUCUCUCUCU